GGUUGAUCACGAGGCAGGCACAAAAGGGCUGCUCUCAGAAGCUAAAAAUGGUGUCAGAUCCGUGAAAGCAGAGACCACUAACCACAGAAAUUGUUUAAACAGGUUUGACUAAGCCACCAAGCAAAGAAAAGGCCAUCUCACACUUCGUAUGAUUAAAAAGAGAUGAAAAUUACUGGGUUUAAUGUCUACAAAGUGGAUCUUCCUUUGAAUGAAGGAGGCUACAAAUGGUCUGAUGGGAAGUUGGUGACUGUCUUUGACACAACUUUGGUAGAGAUACAUACUGAUGCUGGUUUAACUGGCAUUGGUGAAGUUUGUCCACUUGGAUCAAGUUAUUUGCCAUCGUAUGCUAAUGGUGUCAGAACUGGAUUGGCAGAACUUUGCAAAGACUUAAUAGGCUAUGAUCCUACUGAAAUUAGCGUCAUCAAUGAUGUCAUGGACUAUAAAUUGAAGGGACAUCCCUAUGUCAAGUCACCAAUAGACAUGGCCUGCUGGGACCUCCUUGGUAAAGUAUCUAAACUGCCAGUCUGCAAACUUUUAGGUGGUUGUUUCGGAGACAGUGUUCAGUUAUAUAGAGCAAUAAGCAAACAGGCACCACUUGACAUGGCAAAAAAUGUUUUAGAAUACAAAAAACAAGGGUAUAGAAAAUUCCAAUUGAAAGUUGGUGGAUGUAUUGAUGACGACAUCGCUCGUAUUCGUGAAGUUAGAUCAGUACUAGAUCCUGGUGACUUCCUUGUUGCUGAUGCUAAUACUGGCUGGAUGUCACAUGAAGCUAUCAAAAUAGUAAAUCAGGUCAAAGACCUAGAUGUUUACAUUGAGCAGCCAUGUGCAACAUAUGAAGAAUGUCUUCGAGUGAGGCGGCAUUGCAAUUUACCAUUUAUAUUAGAUGAGGUGGUUCAUGAUAUUGAAUCUCUAUUGCAUGUGCAGAGAGAUGGUUCUGCUGAUGUUGUCAAUCUGAAAAUAAGCAAAUUUGGUGGGAUAACUAAACUCAAACAAGCCAGAGAUCUCUGUGUGUCUAUGGGCAUACCAAUGUGUAUAGAAGAUACAUGGGGCAGUGAUGUAGUAACCUCUGCAAUUAUUAGUUUGGCCCAUAGCACACCAGAGAAGCUAAGGUUUUCAGCAACAGAUUUCAAUAGUUAUUGCACUAUUCAUGUUGCAGAAGGUGCCCCUCAACGAAUUGAUGGGAAGACUGCUGCAACUAACAAGCCUGGUCUAGGUGUUGAACUGAACACAGAUGUCAUUGGGAAACCUUACCUAAGCAUAUAAUUUUGUCAUUAAAUAAGAUUUCAACAAAAAUAAAUAUAUUGAAGAGAAAUGUGUAUUUCUUUUGAUCAUUUUUUAGUUUAUUAUACAUGACCAAAUAACUUUCGCUGUCCAAUAAGCACCUUAGAGUGUUUUUUACUGACAUUAAAUACUUCACCAUGUUUCGUGAAGUAUUGCACUAUGAACGGGAAAAUAAUUCCGCCACAGGCAUCGCUUUUGUAAAACCUUCCUACAUAAGACACACUAUUUAAACAGCUUUGCUGACCAAGUAUGGCAUCACAUGCGUUCUAUCUUGCUUGUCCUAAACUGAAUGUGGUAGCAUACUCUUUGAAAUUGAGAAGCCGCGAGAAAGUGUGGAAUUAACGAAGCAGAGGUUCAAAAGGAAAUUUCAAAGUUUUGAAGCCUGUCAUUUCUUUUUGAUAUUAAAAAGGUAAUGAUGAACAUUUUGGGUUUGAUCGAAUUGUUCUCAACAUUCUUUUUAUUCUUGAGUUUAUUUGAUUUUUUCAAGUUAUAUUUUAAGUUAUUGGGAAUAUUCGGCUAGUUUCUAUAAAAAUUGCAAGACUGAAAUAAUAUAGUUUCAAUGAUCUAUAAAAAGUCAGUUCUUGUUUAUCUGAUAUUGCGUAGGUAAAGCCUGCAAAUUUUAGAAUUCGGAAUCACCAAGCACCUGAUAAUUAGAUUGAGUUACUGAGCUUGUGUAUGAUUCCAUUGGUGAAUGAAACUGCUGGAAUGUGGGGAAUUAUGUACAAUCGCACUCUAUAUACCCCUCAAAAAGGGGCCAAGCCUUUUGGUACCCUGGGUACCAGAGCCUCUGAUGAUGAUGAUGGGACAUGAUAGAUUGAUGAAUAUAUUUUACUGAGACUAGAUUCAAUCUAUUUUGUUGAGAAAAGCCCAUUUCCAUGACAUAUCGCCUGACGAUGAUCCAGCGGACUCAUCAGCACCUGCGACCAAUGUCAUUGAUAGCUUUUUCACUAAAAACUCGACAUGGGCACCACCACCAGGUCGACACCACGCUCUGGAGCUAUACAUCGACCAAUGCUGAUAUGAGAUUUCAAAAGUCAACUUUAAGAAAAAGUCUAACAGCUUCAACCUUUCUAAAAACGAAUGGAAUGCACUCAGAUCAUUCAAAUUCAGACAUUGUUUCUCAUAUCGACAUUGUUUUCAAGUCUGCUGACAAAGGGAAACGCAUCGUCGUCUGGCGUAAAGAUCUCUUUUUGCAAGAAGGACAUUCUUAGUUAAACUCUUCAUCUUAUCAGAAAUAUCGUACUAAGCCUCGUUAUGAUCAUAUCAUCAAAACCAUUAAAGAAGGAAUCAAUUCUGAUAACCUUCAACCUAAUGCUAGCAAACUCUUUUCUCAGCAUCCGAAAACAUCUCUACUCUAAAUGCUUGUUUCUGCUAUAUCAUAUCCAACAUCUCAAAUAGCCACUUAUCUCGACUAUCCUCUUACAACUCUUAUCAAGCAACCACC